AUGUCGGAUAAUUCUUUCGUUGGAGAACAAUUGGAUCCCGUUUAUUAUGUUUGGUCUGAGUAUGCUCUCGGUCUACGACCAUCUGAGUUGGCUAGCAUGCUGUCUAAUCCACGAGUUCGCAGUGCGACUGCUAAAACGCGUUGUAAUGUGGAAGUUACGAGGCGGGUGCUCAAUCGGCGUCAGAUGUCUUCACAAUGGGCUAGAUAUUCCAUUGUGCGCAUAACGGGACCGGACGAUCAGUCAAUCAGCCAAUGCAAUCGCCUGUUAGAACGGGCUGUCCCUAUCUAUCAACAGCGGCGUGAAUAUCCACGCCGAGCCCCUGUUACGUACUAUUCCAAAAAUUUGGAUGCCGAAGGUGAUUUUAGCACGCGAGCAGGUGACUCGGCGUUAGCUGCUCUAAUCAGUAAAAGUCAAGGUACCAAGCGAAGAUCUUCCAGUGAAUCCGAAGCCGCCCAUGGGUUGGGAGCUCCAAUGGGAGCUAUAAGCCGGAGUGAUGCGAACACUCCUACGGGACGUCAAACAGAGCCUGUUUCUUACAAACUUUCGGAUAAUGAAACUGGUAAUUCCGUGCUAGCGAGCACAAAGGUGGAUUUGAAUAUGACUACUAUGAUGGGAGGUCAUUCACCGCCUAACCUUAUGAAAACAGACAGUGAGAUUCGGAUCGAAACCAUGGUUAGGAUCGCUUCGAGGAACGAAGAUGGCGGAAACGUUGUUACUAUGACACCUCUAAUGGUGGAUAGUACCGUUACUCCUGUCAUGAGCCGAUCCCUAUCAAGAACAAAAAGUGUACAAGACUCAGCAGAUCCUUCAAUACUGGCAUCAGAUAAACGAGAAACUCCAGAAAGUGACCGUAGGCGCAGUUUACUCAUACACCAACCUAGUACCGCAGGUGUUCAGAUCUUCGGAAAUAAAACGAAUUCCACCCCACUGAUCUCACCGAAGCAAACCCCUGUUGAUCAAACUAUCAAUUUGAAGAGCGGAAGUGAGUUUCAGCAGGCUUUUGGUGCAUCAGGUGCCCUAACCUUGAAAGCUUCGUACGUGAGUGAGGGUGGUGAAUCUGCGGUUUUGGAAAUCGGAAUCACUUCAUCUACCCCAAAUGUUUUUAGUGGUGGCUCACCGACACAAGACGCAACUGUCAAGCCUUGUGAUCCCGACAUGACUCCUUCACUGAGUUUUUCUGGUCCUCAAAAGACUCCCUGUGACCUAAGUGAUAUAGACGGAAGUCGAUCGUCACAUGAAUUGGCCAAUGUACAAGGAAAAAAUCCAUUGACUGAGACUAAAAUGCAGCGACCAGGUAAUGCUAGCUCUCCGUGUCCACCUUCCAGGUCGCAAAAUGAUAAGUCCCAUUCUCCCUGUAAUUUAACUGAGGUCGAUGGAAGCCUGACUCCGCGUGAGAUUUUGGGCAUGGCUAGUCCCAACGAAAAUACUGACAUCGCCCGUGUUUUCACGGAAAAAUCCUCAAUGGAACGUUCCACUACGAAACCCGGAUCUCCUUGUGAUAUGAGUGAAGUGGACGGCACUAAGUCAUUGCGUGACAUGCUCACAUCUCCUGGUGCCGAAACUCAAUCUGGUUUCUUACCUAGCAAUCUUGAAUUGGCCACGGGGACGCAGCCGAUUGUUCAGCCACGAGGUUCACCCUCCGUCUCUGCUGAGGUUAAUUUAUCUGUUCGCCAGCAAGUGGUCAGAAUGGAUUCCGAGCAAGCACAUGAUUUGUCCAAAGUAGAUAGCAGUAAACCAACGGUGAACUCUUUGAUGCAUGAUUAUCGUACCUUGAAGGGGCCAGUGAACGUAACGCGACAGAAUAAUACCUUAGUUGGUGAACAGCAUGGUGUGCAACACGUUUCGGAAAGUGAACUUGCUGAAAUAGGUGAAAAUCGGGCGCCCAGUGCCACACUGACAAUGCAAACUCAUUUAUCAUAUAAGGCUGAUCUAAACACAGAUACAGGUUGGUCGCUUGGACAACAGUUAUUUUUGAAGGAAUCUGAUGCACCUUCUAAGCUGCUUCAACUAGAUAUUGGUCAUCCUACAGAUAGACUGUUUCCGGUUACUUCCUCGUCAGAACACCGGUCCUUUCCAGGUGAUACAUACAUACCAACACAGGCAGCCAGUCAACUGCUAACGCAGAGAUCCACUGAUCAACCUUUGGAGUUUACCGAAUUUGACAGAAACAGACCAGCCCAUGCGGCUUUGGGCUCUCAAAGAGUUUUCGAAGGAUCAGCCACCGCAGCUUCUAAUGAUUUUAAUGUGGUACCUCCACAAAGUGUGGCCCCCGUGGAUACGGCUUCACCCAUAACUAUGGUUGGAUCUCCUUCACCUACAACGGGAGCUGGUAUGAUCAGCUUCAAGUUAGCACCAAACCAAGAGUUCAGUCAUGCUUUUGAAUUACCCACUGAUUCGCCCAACGUGGACAGUAGAUGUACGCCACAUACUUUUGUAGCGAUCCGUGCAUCGUUGGAUCAAACUGGAACGGAUGUUCAACAACCACCCUACACGCUUCAAGGAAUAGGAUACGAUGUGCUUGAUGAUAAACAAAUGCUUUUAUCUGUUGAUGGCACAAUUAAGAAGCCAUCCGAAUCGUACCGUCAGCAGGGCCUUCAACUCGUCAAACAAUCAGACCAUACCUCCCCAGUGGUAUACAACGAAGCCAACUCUUUUUCACCGCCCCCUGCCCCUGGUGGAAGAUUAGGAUUUGAGAGCCGCACCGCAAUUCAUCUGAACCCAGGAGGUUCUGAACCGAACAGCGUGUUCCGAGAUGUUAAUAGUCGUUCAACUGCGCCAGACGUUUUCCGCCCCAAUAGCCCGUUCGACCAGAUUCGAAUUGAAAAAAGAAUCGAUAUCACAAACAAAGAUCCCGGUGGCCUAGGUAGCGUGCCCAUAGGUGAAGCAGUGACCAGUGUAACAAGUGCUAAUGCUACACAAGCCCAGCUGGAACCAGCAUUCCAACAUUCUCCAAUGUCUCUCACGGCUAACAUUAGCACCAAUCUCGAGGUUCAUGUAAAUCGCGAAACAGGUUCUACCGAUACGGUUGUAUUCUCCACACACGGAACAAAUGAUGCCCUGACAUCUGCGUUACAUAUUGUUUUGGGAGAUGAUCUGGCUAUGGAUAUCGCUGCCGUGCAUUCAGCUGACGAUGGGAGUUUUAUUCGAUAUGCUGUCUCCAUGCUAGGCUAUGGAUUUCAUGCCGAUCUAUUGCGUAAUGAUGACAAGUUGCGGUGGUUGGGUCCUCGACGUUACGACUAUUCUGGUCAGGCACACUACUGUAUCAAAUGCGGUGGUUAG